CCUCUGCCAUUCAGAGCUUCAGCUUCCUGCCGCUUCGAGCUUCCAACUCUUCACAACAACAAUGAGUGAGUCACUGGCCGUGUGCGAAGUGGACGAAGACCUGGUCAAAAAGCUGAAAAAGUUUCGCCUGCGCAAGGAGACCAACAACGCCGCCAUUGUCAUGAAGAUUGAUAAGGACAAACACCUAGUGAUUCUUGACGAAGAGCACGAGGAUAUUUCCCCCGACGACCUGAAGGACGAACUCCCGGAGAGACAGCCCAGAUUUGUGAUCUACAGUUAUAAAUACCAUCACGACGACGGACGCGUGUCCUACCCGCUCUGCUUCAUCUUCUCCAGCCCAGUGGGUUGCAGGCCUGAGCAGCAAAUGAUGUAUGCAGGAAGUAAAAACAAAUUGGUGCAAACGGCUGAAAUGACAAAGGUGUUUGAGAUCCGAAACACGGAGGACCUGACAGAGGAGUGGCUCCGAGAGAAACUGGCCUUCUUCCGCUAAAAGGAAGCCCGGAUUGUGCAGCGCAGAUGUUCUUGUGGGGCGAGGGGGAGAACAGCGCCGCUGUUCCCCUCUGCUGUUCUCUUCUUUAUGAAGCAGACCUGAUUUAAACGCCGUCGACUCCUUUCUGUCUCAUUUUAGGCUUCUCGCUGGCUGAAUCUAAAAUGGAAAAGGCGUUUGACGCAGGUCCGUCUGCCACCCCCACCUCUUUAAUCCAUGUUUUUGUGGUGUCCAUGUACCAGGUGUGUGUGUGUGUCGGUGUCGGUGUUGAAUUAACACUCAUGUCGUGCUCGAGUGGACCAAACUCAUACGCCGCUUCCUAACACUCAUUCUGGGAGCGGCUUUGUGCUCGUACAUGAAGUUGUUUACUUGUUUAUUCCUUUUGCCUUUUAUUAGUUUGACAUUUGGUGCGUUUUGAAUUGUGUGACAUUCUUUAAAGUACUCUACGGCUUUCUGGGUUUUUUUUUUUUCAAUUAUUAAACAAUCAUCCUGCCAGAACAGGAGUUGCAAUUAUACACAAUAGUCUGCAUUGGCUGUUAAUUUGAGGGCGUUUAAAUCAAUACAACGCUUAUUAGAUACGAAUAUUGGCUUUCCAACUGGAGGUGCAAGAUCAUUUAGCAGGUGUUUAUUGUUGAUCAUUUUUUGUUCAAAAAUCAAUCUAAAUGGACUUCAUUGAUCUUCAAAUGAGGGACUUGACUCCUAGCAGGCGAUACAGGAAACACGUUAAGUGUUGUUGGGAUGUCAGGUGUUCAUCUCACUGCAAAUUUGUUCCGUUCGUGGCUCUUCAAACGUCACUGUCCACAACACUGAUACAUGCCAAACGGGACCAUGUGACCAGUGAAUCUACUCCACAGCUUCUACUGUGUGUUAGUAGUAAUAAUAGUCAUAUUGAUGAAUGUCGUGACAGAUUCCGACGUCAAACCGCUUUGAGGUCAUCAUAUUAAGGCGGGAAAGAUGAGAAUGUGGAACGCUCCCGUAAUGGGUGGUGUGUCAGACUGUCAUGGAAAUCAGCCGGGGAAUGUUUUUAAAUGUUCUGAACUCCUUUGUCGACGCCCGUGUCGAGCGUAAUGCUGCCUGGAGGAGUUGACUUGGGGAUGGACAGCGCCUCUACUAGUUGGUGCCUGGUAGUGUACUUCACAAGGACGAUCAUGACUUUUACAGCCCAGCUUGUUUCCUAUUUCCAUGGCAAUGAAAACCAGCGACCGGCAUCCUCUCUAUUGAAUGUGCUUUUAUGCCAGAAUCUUUUUCUUUCUUUUUUUUUUUUUAAUUGCGACUGUGUCGGGUUGCCGUUCGCUCGUCUUCAGCUGGAAAUCAAACGUCCACUUGCGGUCAAGAUGCCACAUUUUUAAACAGGCAUACACCCACUGUAACAUUCAUACGACUAUCGUAUUUUCCCGACUGUAAAUACGCAUUUAUUUCACUAAAUUCGACACCAAGCACAGACGUUAAAUGUGUAACGACAAGUUGAACUACACAAUAGCACACACAACAACAGACUGAAUAGAGGUCCGCCAUGUUAACGUAACACCUCAGCACUUAUUCAGCUACACAAUAGCAUCAAGAACAUACCUGGGAGGCUAAAUAGCAACAAGCAAAUUACUGCUAAGCAUUACCGCUAUAUCCGAGCUCCCGAUCUCAUUCCAUACCGCUGAAUCCAUUGAAUUAGCCUAGAGCGCCCUCUCGUCGCGUAUAUUUUGUGUGUGUGUGUAUAUAUACAUACACACACAUUCACUUGUCACGUUCGGGCCUGGAGCCAAUUAAACGCGAUAAACAAUGGACAACUGAGUGUGUGUGUGUAUGUAUGUAUGUAUAUAUAUAUAUAUAUAUAUAUAUAUAUAUAUAUAUGUGUGUGUGUGUGUGUGUAUACAUACUGUAUAUGUGUGUGUAUGUAUACAUAUAUCUGUGUAUGUAUACAUAUAUAUAUGUGUAUGUAUACAUACAUACAUAUAUAUGUAUGUGUGUGUGUGUGUAUAUAUAUAUAUAUAUAUAUAU